UGCAUAGUUAAAAAGCUAUUCUAAUUAUAUUAAAUCACUAUUGAGCUGGUACAGACUUGUUAUAUUAAAUUCAUUAAAGCAAUCUGUAUAUGGUUGCUUGUUAAAUUCUCAUUAGCUCUGGCAAAGUCAUGAAGGCUUGGGUCAAAGAAUAGAAUUUUGUGUGUUGCUCAUUUUACUUAUUUUGCUUACGUCUUUCCUAAUGAUACAGGUUAAAGUAAAUGAGGAGAAAUUUGGAUAAAAGAAAAGUAAAGACUGUUACAUUUUAUUGUUUAAAAUCUUUGGGAGUAUUUUUUUUUUUUUUUUUUUUUUUUUGGUGCUUCUGGUGCUUUUUGUAAACUAAAGGAUGGUUAUUUUCAUUUUUAUCAGGUUAAACAUUAAUGAUGGAUGUUACAGCAAUUGUGGUGAAUCCAAGAGUAGCACAACAUUUUAAGUUGUUGAGCUGCAUCCAGUAUAAAAUGAGCCCUGGAUUUGGAAUGAGGAAACUUGGGGUUGAGUCACAAUGUUCAUUAAAUAACAACAACCUAGAAGCCUGUUGCCGAGCCCUUUCCCAGGAGAGCAGCAAAUACUUGUAUAUGGAAUACCAUAGUCCAGAAGACAAUAGAAUGAAUAGAAAUCGCCUUUUGCAUAUUAAUCUGGGUAUCCAUUCUCCUAGUAGCUACCACCCAGGAGAUGGAGCUCACCUCAAUGGUGGUCGAACACUGGUACAUAGCUCAAGUGAUGGACAUAUUGAUCCUCAGCAUACAGCAGGUAAACAGCUGAUAUGUUUAGUUCAGGAACCACACUCAGCUCCAGCUGUUGUGGCUGCUACUCCCAACUAUAAUCCAUUUUUUAUGAAUGAACAGAACAGAAGUGCAGCUACUCCUCCUUCACAGCCACCUCAGCAACCAUCUUCCAUGCAAACAGGAAUGAAUCCAACUGCUAUGCAAGGGCCUUCACCACCGCCACCUCCGUCCUACAUGCACAUACCUCGGUAUAGUACAAAUCCAAUUACUGUUACAGUGUCCCAAAACCUCCCUUCUGGACAGACUGUACCAAGAGCUUUACAGAUUCUUCCACAAAUUCCAAGCAAUCUCUACGGAUCUCCUGGUUCUAUUUAUAUUAGACAGACAUCUCAGAGUUCAUCAGGAAGGCAGACUCCUCAGAAUGCUCCAUGGCAGUCCUCACAACAAGGCCCUGUGCCUCAUUACAACCAACGUCCUUUACCUGUUUAUCCACAUCAACAGAACUAUCAACCUUCUCAGUAUUCUCCCAAACAACAGCAAAUUCCUCAGUCAGCUUACCAUUCACCACCUGCUUCUCAGUGUCCUUCCCCCUUUAGCUCUCCACAGCAUCAAGUACAGCCACCCCAACUGGGCCACCCAAGCUCUCAUGUGUUUAUGCCGCCUAGUCCUUCAACAACUCCACCUCACCUUUAUCAACAAGGACCUCCUAGUUAUCAGAAACAAGGAAGUCAUUCAGUUGCCUAUCUCCCUUACCCAGCAUCUAGCUUGCCCAAAGGUUCCAUGAAGAAGAUAGAAAUUACAGUUGAACCUUCUCAACGACCUGGGACAGCAAUAACUAGGAGUCCUUCACCCAUCAGUAAUCAACCAUCUCCAAGAAGCCAGCACUCACUGUAUACAGCCACCACGCCACCUUCAAGUUCUCCGUCAAGAGGAAUAUCUAGUCAGCCCAAACCUCCAUUUAGUGUUAAUCCUGUGUAUAUUACAUAUACACAGCCAACUGGACCUUCAUGUGCUCCCUCACCAUCUCCUCGGGUGAUACCAAACCCAACCACAGUUUUUAAAAUUACUGUAGGCCGAGCAACAACUGAAAAUCUUUUAAAUUUAGUGGACCAAGAAGAACGCUCUGCAGCACCAGAACCUAUUCAGCCCAUUUCAGUGAUACCAGGCUCCGGGGGAGAAAAGGGGACCCACAAGUAUCAGAGAAGUUCUAGUUCUGGAUCGGAUGACUAUGCCUAUACACAAGCCUUGCUGUUACAUCAGCGAGCAAGAAUGGAGAGGUUAGCAAAGCAAUUGAAACUUGAAAAAGAGGAGCUGGAGCGAUUGAAGGCUGAAGUUAACAGUAUGGAGCAUGACCUGAUGCAGAGACGGCUCAGAAGGGUCAGUUGCACCACUGCAAUCCCCACGCCUGAGGAAAUGACAAGAUUGAGAAGCAUGAACAGACAACUCCAGAUAAAUGUUGACUGUACACUGAAAGAAGUUGAUCUCCUUCAAUCUAGAGGAAACUUUGAUCCAAAAGCCAUGAGUAAUUUUUAUGACCACAUAGAGCCUGGCCCAGUUGCACCACCAAAGCCAUCAAAAAAAGACUCCUCAGACCCCUGUACAAUUGAGAGAAAAGCCCGGAGAAUUAGUGUGACUUCCAAAGUACAGGCAGAUGUCCAUGAAUCCCAGGCAGCAGCUGCAGAUGAACACUUAGGUGGCUGUAAACAGAGUCCUCGGACACAUCCCCGAGAUGAGGAUUAUGAAGGAGCUCCAUGGAAUUGUGACAGCUGUACCUUUCUCAACCACCCUGCACUGAAUCGCUGUGAGCAGUGUGAGAUGCCACGGUACACCUGAGUUCAGAAGAAUUGGCACCAGGUUUAGAGUGAAACUUUGAGCAGUCACCGAAAGAAAAGGAAACUUUGGGAUUGUGUUCAUCUACCCAGCCUUUUCAUUUCUUGAUUGCACAGAGGGAAGAGGAGGAAUGGCACUCUGGCCACUGGGCUCACAAAAGGAAAAAUAGGGAGGUCUUUCUUUUUUUCCUUUCUUACUCAUUACAGAGUGAGAGGUAGAAGGGGAUACUUGAAACUGGGAAAGGGUUUGCUCCUGAAAGAAUGUAUACAAAGAAGUUAAGGGCUCUUCUGUGGAAUCCCAAUUGUUAAAGUUACUGCUGAGUGGCUCUUACUUUCUAAAGGUGAAUUUUGAAUUAUGGUAGGAUGUGUUACAGUUUAUGCAGCCAAACUGUGAAUUCCAGAGCAGACUUACUUGGUCACAGCUCUCUGGAAACCAAGGCUCCCUGUGCCUCUUCCUGCUGCUUCCUGUGAAGAGAUGGACAGGAAAAGCACCCAGGAUAUGCUUUAUUUUCUUUUUUUGCAAAAUAAUGUGUUUAUUUGUAAUUGCUGCUUUUUUCAGGGGUAAUUUCAAACACAUUCAUUACUCAAACAGGAUACUUUAAAAUGUGAUUUGUAGUAGUCAGGAAUUAGGCAUAUCAUGCCCUUUGUGAGGAAGUACAAUCAGAGGUAGUGAUACCUCUUUUGCUUGAACAAUGGUUCAUCAAGCUGCAUUGACACUGGUAACUAAGACCCACUUAUGCCACAUAGAUUAUUGUAUGCUUUCUUAGGUUAUUGACUUUAAAAGUAAUGAAGUAUGGUUUUAGAAAAUCACAUUCUCAUAAAACCGUGCUUUGCCAGUAGCACAGUGAAUGUAUGCCAAAUGCAAGUCCAUUCCAAAACCCAUUGGAAAUCCUAAGCUCGGCUGUGGUUCUUAAGAAAUGCUUGCAGUAUAUAGGGCUCCCACUUCUGGUUUGUGAUGAAUACAUGAUGUUUACAACACAGAAAAUACUUUGUACCAUAGUCCUAAUUUAGCUGAAAAAGUCAGUAUGAGCUAUUUAUUUGCACAUUGUUAACCAGCCAAUGAGAGGGAAAUUGAAGGUGGCUAACAUCAUAAAGUUGCAUUAUUGGAAGAGCAAGAGACUACUCAAGAAAUAACAUUGGGCUGGGAAUGCAGCUCAGUGUAAGUGCAGUAGCUUAGCAUAUACAAGGUGCUCUGGGUAUGAAAAGAAAAAGAAAAAAUACCAUCAAAAGAAUGUUGUAUACAGGGGGGUUGAAUUUUUUUUUAGUUCAACAGACAGAUCAUACUGAAUUCUGGCAGUUCAGGGAAUAUAAAGCACUACUUUAAAAACACAAUGCAGGUGUGGAUACACUGAAGAAAAAAAUAAGUCAGGCCACUUGCUAUGAUGUGUCUUGAGAAAAUUAAUAAUAGUGUAUUUAAGUAGGUUCUUUGCCUUAAAUUUCCUUCUUGUCUCAAAAUUGAAUUUUGGAAUUUCUCCCCAUUUUGGUGAACGUAGACAGCAAUAAAGUAGGUUUUUUCCCGUCCUGAAGGAUUUUACCUGAGGUCAUAACCGUAGGAAUACCAGGUCCGUCCCUACCUUCUGAAUACACAGCCACUUUGUCACUAUAUUCUCAUUUAGCAGUAAUCCCUGUCAGAUCUAGAAAAAAAAGGCUGCACUCAAUAGCAUUUUGAAACCAAAGGCAUAACUCAAGUGUAGGUUUCUAUCAGAAUCAUAAUCUUACACAUUGCAUAUAGCCUCCAUAUGUGGAGAAUGCCCCAAAAUACAUCCAUUUGUCUCAUGAAGAGCAUGAUUAUGUAAUUACUGGUAAGUAUCUCUCACACAACUGUAGCAAAACUGUGAAAAUAAUAAUGGUGGAAAAGCAGACAGGCUCAAAACCUGGGAUUUGGAAGGGGUGAAAGGCUUUUGUGACACAGGUCUCUUGCCAAUCCCCAGUACCAGUAGCAGUCCUACUGUUCUUUUUUUCC